CGAAUAAACACAGCAGCUAACUAAUAUAUACGACUAUCGUCGAACAAAAAUCUCUAGUUCCUAAUACCAACAGCUCAAGAGUCUUGAGUUAUACAAUAAAUAAAUAGUUCGCCAACAUACAUAAUAUUAUAUAUAUACACGAUGGCUUCAGCCAUAUACACGAACCAGCCUGGUGCUCAGUACGGAUAUCCACAACCGCCUCCUUCGCCUCCAAUGGACGAAACCUCGAAAUGCUCUCUUCCUUCGAUCUCCAACUUAUUAGUAAUGGCAGACGGUGGAUCGCCAACGACCGAGCAGUCGCCUCAGUCUCAGCAAGGUAUGAACGGGUUAAACAACUUUAUUAUUAUGAAAGGCACUGUACUAAACUCCGGGGUAGCACCAUCAGUGAAGGUAGAGACUCGACCGAAUUCGGCUCACUGUGCGAGCAGCGCUCCUCGAGCCGCUUUACCUCCUACUCCCCCUAUGAGUUCAGAUGCAUCCUUUGAUGGCUACAAUUCACCGUCGACGAGAUCAGUUUCUGUUGUAUCGGGACCAAACUACUAUUACGAGACGACCCCGCCACUAGAAGAUGUUCACCGCCAUCAGAUGGCGGCAGCGGUGGCACCUCGUAUGUCCAUGCAAGCUCCGGCAUAUUCGCAACCCGCUUUUACUACGCCAUACUUGGGUCAAACGCCAGUACCAGCUUACUAUCCCGCCACUCUUCCAGGAGUUCAGUCAGCUCAACCGCAGAUCUCGGGGCUCUAUUAUCAGAGGCCAUUGCCACAGGCGUUUCCUCCCCUACCAGUAACGGUCUCUCUAGGGCCAACUCAGGGGGCCAACCCGUGGCAACAUCAUCACUACAUUUCGCCAUCCUCGGCGGCGUCUUUCCCGCAGUCACAAGAUCGUUACAUCUGCCAGACCUGCAACAAGGCGUUUUCGAGACCAAGCUCGCUGCGGAUCCAUAGCCACUCGCACACCGGCGAGAAGCCUUUCAAGUGCCCUCAUGCGGGCUGCGGGAAGGCGUUCAGCGUACGAAGCAAUAUGAAGAGGCACGAGCGCGGAUGUCACGACAACGGCAACUCUCACCACUAAAGUACCAGCCCAGAAUCGACGUAUAAACCGUUCGACACUGUUAUUAUUUAUUGUUUUAUUCCUAAUGUGGACCUAGUCCUGUGCGGCUAUCCGAAGAGGAGGUUGGGAAGGACCAGAAAGU